GGAGCCCAGGCCGCACGACCCCGCCUCCUGGAUGGGCGGGACGGGCCGCGCCGCGUGCCUGCGUGCAGCUUGCGCAGGCGUUAAGGGUGCCACGACCUCGCUAUGGCCCCGGCAGGAUUUCGGGGGAAGGCGAGCGUGUUCGCCUCACCUGCAUUGCGUGGCGGCGGGGACGGGGCGGCUUUGUGUGGAGACCGGUAAGGGGCAUUAGGGAAGUGUUUGGAGCAAGGGUAACCGAGAAACCUUGUGACUCGCUGAGUGGCCCGAGGCGGUCGGCUGCCCCUCUGCCCAACGAGGACUCUUCCACUCAGACGUUACCACCGAGCACCUGCCGUACGUGUUGCAACCCUCAUACCACCUCUCCAGAAAUAACCAUAACCUUUCUGCCUACUGAGGCCGUUUACUGAGGGCCCACUGAAGCGCUCUGCAUAGCUUCAGUUCUUACAACAGUUCUGCAAGGACAAUGCUUGACACAUGGUAGGCUCUCAAUAUUUAUUGGAUGCAUGCAUGAAUGAAUUAACCUACACUGUUCCAAAAGGUGAGGAUCACAAGCUACUGCGUGGAGGAGGUGGAGUUUCUAAAAUGCUGAUCCAUAGACCACUCUCUCGUUACACACGUGCACCAAUGGAGAAGCAAAGAGAACCCUGGUCAUCCCACGAGAGGAACAGCUCCUCAUCCAACAGUCUUCAGAAGGCUACACGUGCAGUCCCUGCGCCCGUCCAGUUUCUGGACCAGCAGAGCUGAGGGUACCCAAACUUGUACUGAGGCAACUCUACUGAGGUCAGCCCCAUGGCUAUUCCACAUGGUUCAAAUGAAACUUCCUAUUUGCUACCUCCAAACAGUGAGGACUGGGGAGGGCACGGCAUUCCUGACUUUGUCUAUGGGCAGAAGGAACUCGUGCCAGAAGGGAUUCAGUGGCCAAGGAGCGGACCCAGCCUUCUGGACACACUGCCACUGUCUCGCUUUGACUCUGCCCUCUGCUUGGCCUGGAGGCAGCGGAUGGAGCUGGGGCUGUUCCGCUACUGUCUGGGGGAGCUGCAGACCCAAACCCUUCCUGGUGCCGUGGGUUUUGUUGCUCAGCUGAAUGUGGAGCGAGGUGUGCAAAGAAGGAGCCCCCAGAACAUCAGGAGCGUGAGGCAGGCGUUUGACCCUGAACAGUUUAACUUCAACCAGAUCCGGCCAGGAGAAGUCCUCUUCCGCUUGCACCGGGAGGCCGAUCUCCCCAGUGCUCUCCAGCAAGACGACAUCCUCGUGGUGAUCAAUGUCAGCCCCUUGGAGUGGGGCCACGUGCUGCUGGUGCCCGAGCCCACCCGAGGGCUCCCCCAGCGCCUGCUGCCAGGGGCACUGCAGGCCGGGGUUGAAGCUGUGCUGCUGAGCUCACACCCAGGCUUCCGAGUCGGCUUCAACAGCCUGGGUGGCCUGGCCUCAGUGAACCACCUCCACCUGCAUGGCUAUUACUUGGCCCACAGACUGCCCGUGGAGGGGGCCCCAAGCAAACCCCUGGAUCCUGGGGGCCGUCUGCAUCUGCUCCAGGACCUCCCAGCUCCUGGCUUCCUCUUUCACACAAGCGGGCCAGGGCCCGACUUUGAAGCCUUGAUAAGCAGGGUAUGUCGGGCCACUGACUAUCUGGCUGACCACGAGAUUGCACAUAACUUGUUUGUGACCCGGGGGGCUCCACCUGGAAAGACAUCAUCUUCCUCAGCCCUCACGGGGGUCCGAGUAAUUCUUUGGGCCCGGAAGUCCAGCUUUGGGAUAAAGGAAGGCGAGGCCUUCAAUGUUGCCCUCUGUGAGCUGGCCGGGCACCUCCCUGUCAAAACGUCCCAGGACUUCAGCAGCCUGACAGAGGCGGCGGCUCUGGCCAUCAUCCGAGACUGUCUGCUGCCCCCAGCCCAGGCGGGAGAGGUGCAGGCAGCACUGGUGGCCUUGAUAGCCAAGGAGGAGCAGUAAUCCUUCCAGAAGUAUUUAUUUUGUAACCGAUCUAAGUCUCUUUCCGGAAAGCUGUUCAUCAUGAUCAUGUGGGCACUUUCAUGAAUGCCUUCUCACCUGUCGCAGCCUAAGGGGAGGGAUAAAGAAUUGGUAAGUGGUCUCUUUAAGGAGGAGGAUACCUUGGAAUAAAUCGAAUGAAUGAGCCCUCA